AUGCAGCAGCCCAUCAAGGAGCUGCCAGUGGCACCCACGCUGCUGAAAUUCUUGCCCCCACCAGGCUUUGAGCACUUCGCGCAGAAAACCUUGACCGCAAAUGCCAGGAGUGGAGAGUCGCAUCGCUGCUCGCGGAAUGGGGCCGAACAACCGGAUCGCGGCGGUCAAACGUCUCCGAGCGACACCGGCCUCAUAAGUUCAGCAGCUUGCCCCGAAGCUGCCGGUACCGACAUCGCAGAUUACAUCGUGAAGAUUAUCAGGACGGAAGCAGGCGCGGAGGGGAUGGUCCAAUGCCUGGCCAGCGCCAGUUCGCUGGGCCUUGCAGUGGCUGUUGCGGCUGUGCUCCCGGAGCUGCCGGAAUUGGCAUGUGAUGCCCAUGCAUCCAAAGUCCUCAUAGCGCUUUUGGAGCACUGCAGGGAUGUGUCCCAAUAUCGGGUGAGACUCGUCCAACGUCUUCGUGGGCAUUUGCUCAAGCUGACGAAGGACAAAACCGGCUGCGUCGUGAUGCAGCGCAUGCUGGACGUAGCAGCAGUAGAGCUGCAAAGUUGUUUGCCCCUGGAACUGCGAGGUAAAGUGCUAGCAUGCAGCCAACAUCUGCACGGAAACUUCGUGCUGCAGCGCUGCGUGGAGGUUUUCCCGCCAGAGUCCCUUUCCUUUCUCAUCCUUGAGUUGAAGGGGCAUGCCGCCUCCGUCGCCACGCACAUCUACGCUUGUCGUAUUCUGCAGCGCCUGGUGGAGCGUUGUCCAUCGCAUCCGGAGAUGCCGGAGCUGCUUCAGAGCAUCCUUCAACCGAUGGACCAGCUGGAGCGACUCUGCAAGGAUCCCUACGGAAACAACGUCAUCCGCAGCCUCCUCCUCCGAGGAUCAGGAACUGCCGCGCGCUUCGUGAUCAACGCAAUCAGCACCGAUGUUCUGAAGUUCUCCCGGAAUCGACACUCCAGCUUGGUAGUGGAGCGAUGCAUCAUGGUGUCGAGUGAUGAGCGUCAAGAGGAGUUCGGAUGCGAGAGAGCUGCAUUGAUGGGAGCCCUCCUCCUGGAUGGAUCCGGUGGAAGCAACCCAGCCUUUGCGCAACUCAUGUUGGAUCGCUUCGGCAACUACAUCGCUCAGCGGGUGAUUGAGUGCUGUCAGGGCACUGAGGCUCUCCGUGUCGAACAGCUGCUUCACAGAUCUUGGGCCAAAUUGCAGAAUUCAUCCAAUGGGAGACACAUCAUAGCAGCUGCCCGCAAGCGAUUUGGCGGCGGCGAGAUGGUUGCAACGAUCAGCUUAUAG